AACCUAAAUUAAACUUUUAUUUUGUAGGAAAACCGGAAAAUUAUUUCUGGCAUUAUUUCGAAAUUGAUUGUUGGGGUGUCAUCUAACGUGGAGUUUAGACAUUAGACAGCUUAAAUCGUCAGUGAUUAAUAGAGAAAGAUGGCGUGGAUUAUCACCGGCACUUGUGGAUGUGUUUUGCUUUGACGGAAGAACCACGGAGAAUCACUGUCGUUCAAAAACAAUGGUGUGAAAUGUUUCCAAGUCAGUGAAACAAGCCGGAGCUUCCUGGUAAAAACUGUGAAGGGACAUUGUCAGAUUAUCUACAACAGACACGAUAGAUCUGUCUGAAUCUGCUCUAGCAAAAUGACUGAAAACACGUCAGCGAUCCCCGUCCUGCCGCUGCUCAUCAACGGCUUCAUGUCAGUUCUCGGCUGCAUGGCCACUCUGAAACUCAUCCCAGCUUUCAAGGAGCAUUUCAUCUCUGCCCGGCUGUACGGAAUGGACCUCAACAAAACCGUCAAAAAGGAAGUUCCAGAGUCUCAAGGAGUCAUCAGUGGGACAGUAUUCCUUAUUGUCCUCUUCUGCUUCAUCCCAGUGCCUUUUCUCAGCUGCUUUGUUGGAGAUCAGUGUUUGGGUUUUCCACAUGAUGAGUUUGUCCAACUGAUCGGUGCCCUUCUAGCCAUCUGUUGCAUGAUCUUUUUGGGCUUCGCUGAUGAUGUGCUGAACCUGCGGUGGAGACACAAGCUUCUUCUUCCCACCAUGGCCUCUCUGCCUCUGCUCAUGGUCUACUUCACCAACUUUGGCAAUACAGUCAUCGUGGUGCCCAAACCCUUCAGAGUUCUGUUCGGGCUCCACUUGGAUCUUGGAAUUCUCUACUACGUCUAUAUGGGAAUGCUUGCGGUUUUCUGCACAAAUGCCAUCAACAUCUUAGCAGGCAUCAAUGGUAUUGAGUCCGGUCAAGCCCUCUUCAUCUCUGGCUCCAUCAUCAUCUUCAACCUGCUGGAGCUCAGUGGUGAUUAUCGUGAUGACCAUGUUUUCUCCCUGUACUUCAUGAUACCGUUCUUCUUCACUACAUUAGCCCUUUUGUACCACAACUGGUACCCCUCAUCUGUUUUUGUUGGAGACACUUUCUGCUACUUUGCCGGGAUGACCUUCGCCGUCGUCGGUAUCCUGGGACACUUCAGCAAGACGAUGCUCCUCUUCUUCAUCCCUCAAGUGAUCAACUUUGUCUAUUCCUUGCCUCAGCUUUUUCAUAUAAUCCCUUGUCCCAGACAUCGGCUCCCCAGACUGAAUCCAGAAACGGGAAAACUGGGAAUGAGCUACUCUAAAUUUAAACAGAAAGAUCUGUCCAAGCUGGGAAACCUCAUCUUAAAGGUGGCUGAGUUAUUAAAGCUGCUGGAGGUGCGACGGGGGCAGGACGGAGAUGAAUUUAUUGAGUGCAACAACAUGACUUUAAUAAAUCUAGUGCUAAAGAUCCUGGGACCCGUCCAUGAGAGAAACCUCACAGUCAUCAUGCUCGCCAUACAGGUGUUGGGCAGCGCAGUGGCUUUUGGGAUACGUUAUCAUCUGGUGCGACUCUUCUAUGACGUCUAAAUGAUAGAGAAAGAA